GCAGGAAGAGAUCGCUAAGGCCAACGUGGUCUGCGUGGUGUAUGAUGUCACCAAGGAGGCCACGAUUGAGAAGAUUCGCACAAAGUGGAUCCCCAUGGUGAACGGAGGAGUUGAAAAGGGCUCCAGGAUCCCCAUUAUUUUAGUGGGAAACAAGUCUGACCUGCAGGUGGGGAGCUCCAUGGAUGUCAUCCUGCCCAUCAUGAACCAGUUCUCGGAGAUCGAGACCUGCGUGGAGUGUUCUGCCAAGAACCUCAAGAACAUCUCUGAGCUCUUCUACUAUGCCCAGAAAGCUGUGCUGCACCCCACCGCCCCCCUCUAUGACCCAGAGGAGAAGCAGCUGAAACCUGCGUGUGCACGAGCGCUGACGCGGAUUUUCAACCUCUCAGACCAAGAUAACAACCAGAUCCUUAGCGAUGAUGAACUCAACUACUUCCAGAAGUCGUGUUUUGGAAACCCACUGGCUCCCCAGGCCCUGGAAGAUGUCAAGAUGGUUGUGUGGAAGAACACCACAGAUGGGGUGCAGGACAACGGCCUGACGUUGAACGGCUUCCUCUUCCUCAACACACUCUUCAUCCAGAGGGGCCGGCACGAGACCACCUGGACCAUCCUUCGCCGCUUUGGAUACGACGACGAGCUGGAGCUGACAGAUGACUAUCUCUACCCACAGUUCCGCCUUCCCCCCGGCUGCUCGACGGAGCUCAACCAUUUGGGCUACCAGUUCCUGCAGCGGCUGUUUGAGAAGCACGACAAGGACCAGGACGGAGCCCUCUCCCCCACGGAGCUGCAGAACUUCUUCAGCGUCUUCCCCUGCGUGCCCUGGGGCCCCGAGCUCUACAACACGGUAUGCACCACUGAUAAAGGCCUGCUUUCCCUGCAUGGAUUCCUCUGCCAGUGGACGCUCGUGGCUUACCUGGAUGUGCGGCACUGCUUGGAGUGCCUGGGCUACCUGGGCUACCCCAUCCUCUCGGAGCAAGACUCCCAGACACAAGCCCUCACGGGUACGGCCAUGCCCUCCCCUCCUGUCACAGCUCAGGUCCCUCCUCUUGCUCACCCAGCCUCUCUCCUGCCAGUGACCCGGGAGAAGAGGAUUGACCUGGAAAAAGGCCAGACCCAGAGAAACGUCUUCCUCUGCAAGGUGCUGGGAGCCAGGGGCGCAGGCAAGUCUGCCUUCCUGCAGGCCUUCCUCGGCAGGAGCCUCGCGGUCCAGAGGGAGAACCCAGGAGAGCCAUCCCUCUACGCCAUCAACACGGUGCAGGUCAACGGCCAGGAAAAGUACCUUAUACUGUAUGAGGUCAGCGCCGACACGAAGUUCGUGAAGCCAUCGGAUGCAGCCUGCGAUGUCGCCUGCUUCAUCUACGACCUGAGGGACCCCAGAUCCUUCAGCUACUGUGCCAGUCUUUAUAAGCAACACUACAUGGACAGCCAGAUCCCCUGCGUCUUCGUGGCCUCCAAGACGGACCUGCCAGAAGCGAGCCAGCAGCCCGGGCUCUCCCCCAGCCAGUUCUGCUACAAGCACUGCCUCCCACCGCCCUUCCUCUUCUCCUGCCACGGCCAGGGACCGCCCGGCACCACUGUCUACACCAAGCUGGCCACCGCCGCCACCUUCCCCCACUUGAACGCCGUGGAGCUGGGAGCCGCGUCCUUCUGGCUGCGGGUGGCUCUGGGGGCCACGGUGACUGCUCUGGUAGGGUUCACGCUGUACCGCCUGCUAGCCAAGAACAAAUGAGAGUUGUUCUCUACCCCGUCCUCCCCGUGACACCAGCCUCCCCCUCCUGAGUGAUGCCCCGGCGAGGGGCCCUGCCUCAAGCUGGUCCCUGCUGGGAGAUCCUCCUUUCCCCCCAGCCGGGAUUGCAGGACCAGUGAAACUGAACUUCCCAGCACCAGCAGGAUAAAUUCCCCAGCACUGGCCAGCCCAACCCUGCCGGCCUCUGCCAUCCCCUCACCCUGGGGGCUCUGCCUCACCAGCAGAUGGAGGAUCACCCACCAUCUUUUACUCUGUUCAUUUUUUUUUAACGUUUGUUUUUAAGCUCAAACAUGAGUGUUUCAGUGUCUGUUAGGCUGGGCACAUCCCCUUCCCUGGAGGGCUGUGCUGGUGCCCUCAAUUCUGGGGGGGCAACACUCCCACAGCAGCAGCACUGGGCUCAUGGCUUCGGCCCCCCGGGGCACACCUCCAUCCCCCGGCCCUGUUUCCCUCUGCCAGUGCUGGGAAAGGCAGCCAUGAAGGGCCAGGCACUUACACCCCCCACGCCCCUGCGAUUUGGGGUCGCUCCUGGCCCUUGCUGGGACCCUGGG